AUGGACGACAUCAUUUUCUCUCAGCCAGCAAGCCAACCAGCCCAGAGUCAAGCUCCUCAGUCGCCACACAAACCAGCAUCGUCAAAAGAUGUCGCAGUGCCGACUACCCCAUCCAAAUCUCUAGCCUCCCGACCAAAGAACAGUGCGAUUCCCAGAUCACCACGCCCUCAUCUUCCUUCCACACCCCCUGCACCCCCAGAAGACCACACCUUCCUACCCGCCACGCGCCACGCUCUCGAACAAGCCCUCGGCAAAGCCUCACUAGACCGUCACGAAGUCCUCCUCCAACAAGACAAAGAGCACACUCAAGACUACAUCGCGCAGCUCCAAGACGCCGUCAAACAGAAAAACGGUAUCACGCCGUCGACGCACGAGGCGCUUCUUUGCCGGGAAGUCACUAUGUGGAAAGCCAAAGCGCAGGAGAUGGAUGAGAGCGCCAAGACGGAGAUGCAGUUGUUGAGGGAGUGUAAUGGGAGGAUGGAGGAGGAGAUGAUUGCGCUUCGGGCGGUGGCGGAGGGGCUGAGGAGGGAGGGUGAGGGGUUGAAGGAGGAGGUGGAGAGGUUGAGCAAGGAGAAUGAGGCGUUUAAGAGGGAGAAUGAUGGGUUGAAGGCAGAUAUGCAGAAGGGUCCAAGAGAAGAGGAUGAGGAGCGGAUGCUACUUAUUACGGACCUUGAGGGUGAUAAAGAGGAGAUGCAGCGCUUGCUUGAUGAGGUGAUGGAUCAGAAUGAGGGGUUGAAGGGUGAGGUUAAGAAUUUGAAGGACGAGGCGAAGAAGUUGAAGGAAGAGGUGAAGAUGCUGAGGGGUGUUGCGAAAGAGCAAGGUGGUGGGGGUGGGGAGGGUAAGAAUAGUAAGGAUGAUAAAGUGGAGAAAAGGAAGAUCAAGAACAUAAAGAGGAGGGAAAGGGACAGGAAGCGCAGAGACCAGGUACUGUUUAAGGAGAAUAUGCAGUUGGCGGCUAAGCUUGCGGAGGUGGAGAAGCAGAAGAGUGGUACGAGUGAGGAGGGUCUGGAGGCUGAGGAUGAGGUUUGGGAGGGAUUUCAGGACAGUGAUGAGGGUGGUGAGAUGGUACAGGAGAAGGAUGAUGCUAGGUCUGCUGAGAGAAGUAAGAGUAAGAAGAGUAAGAAGAAGAACAAGGGGAAGAAGGGGAAGAAAGUUAUCAAGGAGGAACGGUGA